AUGUACCGAUUGCGAUACAUUUGUCGUCUCAUUCGACCGGACUCGGUUAUUUCACUAAAAUUAUCCGAUGAUGUUAAAACACCGAAACAAAUCGAAUAUUUUCUCUCACUUAUUAAUAUUCGUCGGUUCACUCAACUUCAUUCAUUGACUAUUACACAAGAUUCUGAAGAUUUAUUUAGCAGUAUAUUCGAUCAUGUCAUCAAUUGUCAUUCAUUUGUAUCAUUCUCGAUUUAUUUUCGACCUUCUCCUCCAUUCAAACAUCCUGACUUUCGUGAUUAUGACUUAACCGGUCCAACACUUGGACCUCUUGCAUCCGUAAUCGCUCAAUCAAAUUUAACGAUAUUCAAAACCAAUCUUCGGUCAUAUCAAUUAGAUAAAAUUUUAUCACCAAUUCAAUAUUCAUUUCAACAUCUUACCAUUGGUAAUUGUACUCGAAAACAAUAUUAUAUGAUUCUACGCCAUUCACCACAUCUACAAACAAUAGUUAUGGAACAUUUCAAAAGAAAACAAAAUCAAGCUAUUCAUGACAGUGAAAGCGAGGAAAAUGAUCAAUUCGUUUAUGAUUUUUAUCAUCCAUUGACUUCACUAACAUUACUAGAACAUCAAGGAUCGAUUUUCGAUCUUGAAAAGAGUCUCUCAUUGACACCUACGUUAAUGCAUCUUAAAAUUAUAGGUGAUAUAAGUGACACUAUCUUUUUUAUGGACAGUUCUAGAUUAGAAGAAUUCAUUCGUAGUAAAUUGUGUUCAUUAAAACAUUUUGAAAUAUUUAUUAAUGGUUCCACUAAUAGCGAAAACUUGUCGAUCGAUAUGCUUAUUGAACAAUUUCGUACGUCGUUUUGGAUCGAAGAGAAACACUGGUUUUUUACAUGUGAAUUUCUCUUACGUUUACAAAAAUUUAUUUUCUAUUCAACACCAAUACCAACGAUAAAUGCCAAUUAUUAUUUCGGCUUCGAAAAAAUUUCAACUUCUACCUUCGACAAACCGAAUAUGCAUACACAAAUGAUGAAUGGAGUGAGACAUUUACAUUUCAGUCUAUGGGACAUGACAUAUUUCAAUUUUCAAGAGAGUUUGAAGACGAUUUCAAUGCAUACGUUCACUAAAAUCAUUCGUCUAUUCAUUGAUGGAGUAGUUGAUGACGCGAGUGCAUCAAUCGUAGAUGUACGUGCUCGAUCUAUUGGUGAAGUCAUCGGAUGUCAAGUGUCUUCAAGUGGUCUUUGUACAAUUCAAGUUACGCCUAAUACAUCAAUGACAGAUAUAGAACUUCGACUUAUCAAACAGUUGACGUUUGACAACUAUCGUGCAAUGUUCGUCUUCGAUGCUGAAGCUCCACAUAUAACUCGUAUUGAAAUACUUUUGACUGGUGUACACAGACUCAACCAUCAUUAUGUUUCUGAUCGAUUAUAUCAAGGCAUUCAAGGACUUGUGUCAUGUCGUUUCAUGGAUAUCGAUGAUAGUGAUGAUAGUCACAUUGAACUAAAAUAUGAUUCGAGAAAUCUUAGUCGCUUUGAACUACUAUCAAUCAUGCAUAGUCUUGGCUAUUCGGCACAAAUUGAUUCGAAUGAGACAAGUUUGAAAGCUGGCAUAGUUGUGGUACAGAUACGUAUUGAAGGCAUGCAUUGUAAUUCAUGUGUGUCGAAUAUUUGUGCCACGAUUGAAGAUCUUCCGGGUACUAUCGAUAUAAAAUUAACAUUUGAAGAAAAAAUUGCCACUGUAACUUAUGAUUCACGCAUUUUAAGUCUUGCUCAUAUUGUAACUGAAAUUGAAAAACUUGGUUUCAAAGCUGCCGUAUCAGCUGAUCAUUAUGAAAUCGAACCUUCAUCAUCAUCUGAACUCAACAAUCGAAAUGAGCUUACAAGAAAACUACCAGCAAUAACGAAGAAAAGUGAUGGUAUUGAAACAUGCUUCAUUCAAGUGGAAGGUAUGACUUGCACAUCGUGUGUUGAUAGUAUCGAACGAAAUUUGUCAAAAGUUGAAGGAAUUCAUUCUGUAUUAGUGGCUUUACUUGCCCAACGUGCUGAAGUCAAAUAUGAUCCUGAAUAUUUAUUACCAUCACAGAUAGCUGGCUUAAUCAAAGAUCUUGGAUUUCGUGCUCAAGUACUUGAAAUAACGACAUCUGGCACUGAUAUAAUUGAUGUUAAUAUUGAUGGCAUGACUUGUGCAUCGUGUGUUAGCAAAAUUGAACGCCAUAUCAAAGCAUUAUCGGGUAUUAAAUCCGUCGACAUAGCUCUACUCACUCAUCGUGGUCGAAUCAAAUAUGAUGCUAGUAGUAUCGGUCCACGAGAUAUUAUCACUCAGAUUAGCGAUCUUGGCUUUCCUGCAACACUUUUGUCAGACGACUAUAAGAGUGAUGACAUAGCUAAAAUACAAAAACAAACAACUAAAAAAUGGAGAAACGCAUUUAUCUUGUCUACUGUAUUUGGCAUACCGGCUAUGGUUGCCAUGUUUCUGUUUAUGUUUAAAUGGCAAGAUCAUGAUAAGGCACCACAAAUUCGAAAUGGUCUUUCGCUUGAAAAUGUAGUCAUGUUUUGUCUUGCUACUCCUGUUCAGGGCAAAACAUCGGAAGCAUUAAAAAAGCUCUUAUCAUUACAGCCUCUACAAGGUGUACUUGUUAAACUUGAUGACAGAGGCAAAAUAAUCGAAGAGCAAGUGAUUCUUGCUCAACUCAUUCAACGUGGUGAUCUUCUUAAAGUUGUACCGGGUGAAACAAUUCCGACUGAUGGUCGAAUUGUCGAUGGUACAACCACAUGUGAUGAAUCAUUAAUUACAGGUGAAUCGAUGCCAGUGGACAAAGUAGUCGGUGCUCAAGUUGUUGGUGGUACAAAGAAUUUAGUCGGCUCAAUUAUUAUGCAAGCUACACAUGUAGGUCAAGAAACUGCAUUAAAACAAAUCAUUAAACUUGUCGAAGAUGCUCAAACAUCGAAAGCACCCAUUCAAGAAUUAGCUGAUAAAGUUGCAGGUGUUUUUGUUCCAUUUAUUCUUAUUAUUUCAUUUAUAACUUGGCUCAUCUAUGUGAUUAUCGGUUAUACGGCUUAUGAUAGUCUUAAGAAACAUUCUAGUUAUAGUGAAUCUAAUAUGACACAUUAUAGUCAAAGUGAAAUUGUAUUCGAACUUGCCUUUCGAUAUGGUAUUACUGUUUUAUCAGUUGCUUGUCCGUGUGCUCUUGGUUUAGCAACGCCAACUGCAGUUAUGGUAGCGACAGGUGUUGGUGCUGCAAGUGGCAUUCUGAUUAAAGGUGGCGAACCUUUGGAACUUGCAAGAAAAGUACGAACCAUUGUUUUUGAUAAAACCGGCACGAUUACAAAAGGAAAGCCAAGUGUAGUCGACAAACAAAUAUUUAUUGAUGAUGAUCACUUGACACUUGAUCGAAUGUUGGCGAUUGCAGCAACGGCUGAAAGUGGUUCUGAACAUCCAUUAGCGUUAGCAAUACAGAAUGAAUGCAAACAACGAUUUGGUACCGAGCAAAUGGGCCAAUGUUUUGAUUUUAAAGCUACAUGGGGUUAUGGUCUAUUUGCUCGCGUCACUGGUAUUGAUUGUCUUAUACCACAAAGUGACGCACUACGUUCUUAUACGGUAUUGAUUGGAAAUCGAGAGUGGAUGAUGCGAAACAAUAUUAAUGUAAAUGAACAUGUUGAUAUAACAAUGUCAAAACAUGAACAUGAUGGUCACACAGCUGUUCUCGUUGCUAUUGAUGAUAUAUUAGUCGGCAUGUUUGCCAUUGCCGAUGAGAUCAAACCAUCAGCUCCAUUGACCAUUUUUGCUCUUAACUCACUUGGACUACACACGAUUCUACUAACAGGUGACAAUAUCAAGACUGCACGAGCAAUAGCCGCUAAAGUUGGUAUCAAAACUGUUUAUGCUGAAGUAUUGCCUACGCAAAAGGAACGUUUUAUUAAUAAAUUGAAAGAAAAAAUGGAUCCAGAAGAAAAAGUAGCGAUGGUUGGCGAUGGCAUUAAUGAUUCACCAGCACUGGCACGAGCUGAUGUAGGUAUUGCAGUAGGUAGUGGCACUGAUGUUGCUGUAGAAGCUGCUUCGAUUGUUUUGAUUCGUGACGAAUUAUUUGAUGUUGUCACUGCUAUUAUACUAUCAAAAAAGACAAUUUGGCGUAUAUGGAUCAAUUUUAUUUUUGCCAUUGGAUACAAUGUAAUUGCCAUACCGAUUGCGGCUGGUGUUCUUGUUCCUGCUAAUAUUCACCUUAAACCAUGGAUGGCUUCAGCUGCGAUGGCUCUAUCAUCCAUUAGUGUCGUUCUUUCUUCACUUUUGCUGCGUUACUUUCGUAAACCACAAAUAAGAACUUAUGAAAAUAGUUCUUUUCAACAGUGGUGUACCACCAUGUCUGCUGAUAUUGAAGUUCAUCGUGGCAUUGAGAAGGUGGUCGGUAAUAGUUGCCAUACAAGUCCGGCUAGUUCGCGUAGUGGUACUAGUAGCAAAUUAUCACAGCUGCUCAUUGAUGCUGUUUCAACAUUUGUCAAGCAAAGCUUUGGUGAUAAAAAUAAAAGCAAACCUGUCACCACUAUGGACGACACUAUCGGCUUAACUAUAUUCAAGGCUUAA